CGAAAGCAGCGAUACCAGCAUUACUCAGGAGAUCAGCGCGAAGACGGAAAGACUUUGCAUCUCAGAGAAAAGGAAGAGGGGACCCGAACCUGUGUUCGAAAACAGCGCGCCUAUGGAACUGUCAGCGAAGCGCACACCAGCGAAGACCCCCCAACGUGGGAUAUUGAAACCGGUCAAACUGUCUGCACGUAUGGCUCGAUCGAAGACGCGCGGGGAGAAGAAGGGAACACUUGUGAACAAGAAGAAGAUCGCAACACCCAUCUCCAAGCGCAAAGCUCUAGCUCACCGUACGAGUGUGAAUGUGACUCCAGCGUCCAAGGCCUCACUCGCUCGCAUGCGUUUUCGUGAUGAGGCGCUACGUGAGCUUAAGGACCUGGAUGCUAACGAGCUUCAACGGAUCUGUCGAGAGGAAGGUUUGCAUUAUGAUAAGAAGAUCGACGUCAUCUUUGAUAUUGCUGAUUUUCGCACAGAGGCAGCCUUUGCGGGUAGCGCCACCGUCACCGAUGUCAUACAGAUAGCAGAUUCCGAUACCGUCAGCAAUGUGGAUGUCGCUCGACCAGCAGAUGAGCUUCGGGAGGAAUUGCAGUCGGGUUUCGCUAGCUUGUAUAACCACAGGGGCGCAGUACCUACUGUGAAGGAUGAACGUUUACAGCACUGUUUUGUAGCCAACUCCGAUGAUACUGGACGAUUCCUGGCCCUGGAUGAUGUCCUAAGUCUGAAGAACGAGCUCGGUGCUUUGGUGGUGGCGGUUGCGGGGGAGGCGAUGACCGUGGCAGCUGCAGCGGUCUGUCGUGCAACGAGCUGUGUGGCAGCGAUUGCAAAGGCAUUACUUCUCGACUGUGCUUGUGCAAAUCGUUCUAUUGUUGGUCUGUGUGAGGUUCCUGCAUUGGCACUGUGCCUUUGUGGCGUGUGUAAGGAGCUGCCAUUGCCGUUGAGCGCUGUGUUGUUCACAGUUCCAUGUAUUGUGUGUGUAACCGUACUUGUUGUGGAACUCAGAUUCACAGAUGAUGUGCUAUGGUACGGUGCACUUGCUACUGCAGCGUGCAGUGGCGGCUGUCUGUCAAUGUGUAAUGGUGUUGCGUGUGCUGCAGUUCCAGUUGGUGUGUUUGCUGUUGGGGUAAGAGUGGGAGUGGUUCGGGAUGGUGUGCUGGUGGUGCAUUGCGUGUUGCAAGUGGAGGAGCCGACGGCCAGUCACUGUUUGUUGUAUAGGAGUGGUGGCAGUCGUUUGGACAGGUGUGGUGAGCGAGGCGUUUGCAGACGGCGUGUUACCGAGUCUCAUUUGCCUACAUCUUCUCAACAAAUUGUCUUCAGCUUCUGUGGAUGGCCUUACAGUUGCCAAUUGUGAUUCGACUACAUCCGCGCCGGGGAGCAGGGCAGCAACGAACUUGUGGGCGAAUGACACGUGUCUGAGGUCUUCAUGCUCCAGAACUUCUUCUGCAGAUAUUUUACUGUUCUGUAUGAGGAGGUUCACGGUCUUGCUCAUGUACUCUCUCAUGAAAAUGAAGGAAAUUUGUGCGA